GGGAGCUCACCGGCAGAUCUCAUAUCCCGUUGGGACAGGUGACAACAGCCGGAUAUUUUUGGGCGUUGUCCAUCUUGGGAAUUGCGAGCGAACGAACGAACGAACGAACGAACGAACGGAGAGUCCCAUUUCGUUCUUCUAUUCUGAGCUCACCAUCAAUCAACCAAGGGGAGACACAGAAAAGAGGUUGCAGUUUUUGUGUCUCCUCUUCGAAGCUUAAAAAGGAAAAAGGUGUUUAGAGAAUUUAGAAGCAUAUGGGACCGAUGGAUUACGAAAGUAACAGUUGGAUAUGGGAUGGUGUAUACUACUACCCACAUUUGUUUGGUGGUUUAAUGCUCACAGCGGCCUUGCUUGGAUUUUCCACGAGUUAUUUUAGUGGGAUCGGAGUACCAUCUUUGCCAUUCUUCUGGUCUGAUUUUGGGAUUUUCCACAAAAGAAAGAGUGAAAAAAAGCGCAUUAGGGUUUACAUGGAUGGUUGUUUUGAUCUCAUGCAUUUUGGUCAUGCCAAUGCGUUGAGACAAGCUAAGGCUCUGGGAGAUGAAUUGGUGGUGGGUGUUGUAAGUGAUGAAGAAAUCAUAGCAAAUAAGGGCCCUCCAGUGUUACCAAUGGAAGAAAGGCUGGCUCUUGUUAGUGGUUUGAAGUGGGUGGAUGAAGUUAUUGCCAAUGCCCCGUAUGCAAUUACUGAGCAAUUCAUGAACAAACUCUUUAAUGAGCAUAAGAUUGACUAUAUUAUUCACGGAGAUGAUCCAUGCCUACUUCCAGAUGGAACUGAUGCUUAUGCCUUAGCUAAGAAAGCUGGCCGGUACAAGCAGAUCAAGCGUACUGAAGGAGUCUCCAGCACCGAUAUAGUAGGAAGGAUACUCACUUCCAUGAAUGAUGCUACGAAUUCUGAAGAUCAUAAUGAAACAUCCCAGAAUGGAGAUUCUAGGAACGGAAGUCCAUCCCAUGGUGCUCUUUCUCACUUUCUACCAACAUCACACCGUAUUGUACAGUUUUCAAAUGGAAGGGGGCCUGGACCAAAUGCUCGUAUUGUGUACAUUGAUGGGGCUUUUGAUCUUUUUCAUGCAGGUCAUAUUGAGAUUCUCAAGAUUGCUAGGCAGCUUGGAGACUUUUUACUAGUUGGCAUACAUCACGAUCAGACUGUGAGUAAACUCAGAGGGAAACAAUUUCCAAUUAUGCAUUUACAUGAACGCAGUCUCAGCGUCCUGGGUUGCCGGUAUGUUGAUGAGGUGAUCAUCGGCGCACCUUGGGAAAUUACAAGAGACAUGAUAACUACUUUCAAUAUAUCUUUAGUUGUGCAUGGGACUGUUGCUGAACACAACUCUUUUGCUGGCGACAGUGACCCGUAUGCCAUUCCAAAGAGUAUGGGAAUUUUCAAGUUGCUUGAAAGCCCUAAAAACAUUACCACUACUUCAAUAGCCAAAAGGAUAGUCGCCAACCACGAUGCUUUUAAGAAACGCAAUGCCAAAAAAAUGGAAAGCGAGAAGAAAUAUUACGCAGAGAAGAAAUACAUAUGUGGGGAUUAAAUGGUUUUUACUUUUUACAAUUUACUGUUCGGCGUUUAGUGUUGGUAACUCUUGUUUCUGAAGAUCUUCAGUACAGAAUUUUCCCAUGAAGAUAGGUUUUAGAAUAUGGAAGGAGUUACAUCCUUUUUCGAAGAAUACUUCACCAGAAUUUGACAUGGCAAUUAACUUUGUAAUUUCAUUGUAGGCUAUAACCUGCAGUUAGAAUAGAUAAAAGUGGGACACUCAAAACUGUGAACUACACAAUGAUUUGAUAUUAUGCAUGUAAACAUCUAAAUCGUAUAGGUAUCAUCUUGUGCCUUUAAUGGCAUUGUUUUCUUCUUUUCCUAUUUUUUUCCCCCCAAGUAAUGUAGGUGUUGUAUUGUUUGAAAGAAGCAAAAGCUAUAUUUAUUAUUUGAUUGCUAUGGGAUUAACAUUCAUUUCCCA